AUGUGUCUGCUCUCCGGUCAGGCCUCGAUGGUGCGUCGGCGGGCCGGCCUUGACGGUGCCCGCCUUCCAGAUGCCGAUGCUGGUGGGGAGGUCAGCGGGGGGUGCGCUGGCACCGAUGCCGAUCGUGAUGGCCCUCGGAGGGGUGACGGUGAAGUCGGGGACAGCGGGGACGGCGGCGGUGGUCAUGGGGGUGGUGGUGGUGGUGGUGGUGGUGGUGGUGUGGCUGGCGGUUGUAUACGUGGGGGGUCGACAAUCGGGCGAGAUGGCGAAGAACGAAUAACGUUGGCCUUGAGAGUCAGCGACAGCCGCGGUGCUGGCUUCGGCGAAGGUGGUAGCGCCCACGAGGAUCGGUACCCCCACUUGCUGGCCUGCUUGUCGCCGGACGCCGUCCGGCUGGUGAAGGGGCGCAUAUUAUUUCGCGCGGGUGGCGUACGCUCGGCUGUACGGGCUGCGCGGGGGGGCGGCGGCGGCGGGGACUGCAACUGGGGUGGCCAUGGACGCGGCAAGGAUGGGGAGGAACUGGAGAGGAGCCACGGGAGAACGGGAAAACGACAGCGAACGACUACGGGGUUGACACGGAGCUGGAUGGGACCGGCAACCUGUUGCCUGACACAUGCGAAGCCACGGUGGAGCCCGUCCGGCGUCCUGGCGGAACGGGUGCGGGAGUUCGUGCGAUCGCCGGCGUUUAUGUCAUGGGUGAACGAGCUGAGGCGCGCGGACGCCGGCGCCGCCAAGUCGUACGCCUCUUCCUUUAUCGACGGUGCUUGUUGCAGCUCGGACGAGUGGGUGGACGGAGUGCGUGCGGGGGGGAGGGACCACCCCGUCGUGGGCGGUAUCGGCGAUGGUGGUGGCGCGGGGAGAAAGGGGGACGGCGGCCGCGGCGGCGGUCGUGAGAGGGACCCGUUCGUUUUUUUCGCUCGCUUUAAGGAUGAGGCCGAGGGAAACCUCCGGUGGAGCUGCGACUACUGCACGCGCAGGCGGAAGGACUGCGACAGCGCGACCCCGUGCGAACGGUGCCGGCGGCUGAGCUUGACCUGCGGGCGCACCCUUCCGGCUAGGGAGCUUCGUGCCAGGGUGUACCAACCUUUCCCGCCGGUGAUGGUCGGGAAAGCCUUCGCCUCGGGGUCAAGGACGCAGUCUCGCGGCUCUUGCUCUCGUGGGACCGCCGCAACCAAGCGAAGAAAGGGCGAAGCUGGCGCAAAUAGGACGGCAGCGACCGCCGAUCGGUAUCUCUCGUAG